UCCACUACCAUCUUCUCUUUGCAUAAAAGCCAACUAUCUAUUGACUAGUGGAAUCCAACAACUCAUUCCUUCAAAUCAACACAAUACAUCACUCUCUCUCUCUCAAUUUUCAAAGUUCAAAUCAAGAAAAUGGCAGAAACAAAAGCAAAAACAACCUUGAUAUUUGUCCCUCUCCCUGUCCUAAGCCAUCUCCUAGCUUCCAUAAAAUUAGCAAACCUCCUAACCGACCGUGACCAUCGCCUCUCCAUCACAAUCCUAAUCCUCAAUCUCCAAUUAGACCCCAAAAUCUCCUCUCACCUCAAAAACUCCCCAAAUUCUCGCGUCCACUUCGUCCAUCUCGAACGAGAUGAAUCCGACAAAUCCCCCAAAUCCUCCCUCAUCCAAAUCGUCUCCAGCCAGAAAUCCGCCGUCAAAUCCGCCGCCGCCGCCGCCUCCGCCGGAUCGAACCUUGCCGGCUUCAUCUUCGACAUCCUCUGCUCCUCCAUGAUGGACGUCGCGGCGGAGCUCGCCGCGCCGUCGUACAUUUUCUUCACCUGCGGCGCCGCCGGCCUCGGCCUCCUCUUCCGCCUCUCCGAUCUGAUCCGCCGCCGCGAUCGCGCGCUGAAGGACUACCUGGACUCCGACGCCGCGAUUCCGGCGCCGACCUUCGUCAAUCCGGUGCCGGCGAAGGUCUGGCCGGCGAUGGCCUUUGCCAACGAGGCCGGCUUCCUCGACCUGACCGACCGGCUGCGGUCGGUCAGCGGCAUCGUGGUCAACACGUUCCUCGAGCUCGAGGCGCACGCGGUGGCGGCGCUCGCCGGCGACGCCGCCGCGCCGGCGGUCUACCCCGUCGGCCCGCUCCUCCAGGACGAGGCGGAGCCGGCCGACGAGGCCGCGCGCCGCCGCCGCGCGGAGGUCCUCGGGUGGCUCGGCGAGCAGCCCGAGUCCUCCGUGGCGUUCCUCUGCUUCGGGACGAACGGUCACUUCGGCGCGGCGCAGGUGGCCGAAAUAGCGGCCGCGCUGGAGCGGAGCGGGACGCGGUUCCUGUGGUCGCUGAGGAAGCCGCCGUCCAAGGAGACGGGGGCGGGGAUCGGCGAGUACGCGGAUCCCGGGACAGUGCUCCCGGACGGGUUCCUGGACCGCACGGCCGGGGCCGGCCGAGUGAUCGGGUGGGCCCCACAGAUGGCCGUGCUGUCGCAUCGGGCGGUGGGUGGAUUUGUGACGCACUGUGGAUGGAAUUCGAUUUUGGAGAGCGUUUCGUGUGGGGUCCCGAUGGCCGUGUGGCCGAUGUACGCAGAGCAGCAGAUGAAUGCGUUCCAACUCGUUCGCGAGCUGGAGAUCGCGGUCGAGAUCAAGAUGGAUUACCGAAAAGAUUCGCCGAGGCUAGUGGCUGCGGAUAGAAUAGAGAAGGGGAUUAGGGAAUUGAUGGAUCUUGAUAAUAAAAUCCAUGCCAAUGUUAAGGAGUUGAAGGAGAAGAGUAAAAGUGCCCUAUUGGAAAAUGGAUCAUCGUCUAAUUUCGUACGUAGUUUCAUUGAAAAUGUGACAAAUUUGUAAUUUUUUGUAUUAGCAUCGUGUGGUAUUUUAUUGGAAGGACCCUAUUUUUGUGGAAUAUUUUGUACUAGUAAUAUUCUUACCUAAAAUUUCCAACAAUGGUUGAAUUUAAUUUCUCUUUUCCUUCCA